CUCUCUCUCAACAAAAGUCUCUGAUCUCUCUGCAUCCUUAAAUAUACUAGUUCCCCCUUUUCACUAACUUUUCCUUCAAACCUCCAUCCCCAGAAAAACUCUGUUACCCUCCCUUUUCCUGCAUUUUUUUAAAUCUGACUACCAGUAGUCGACUCUGCAAUUUUUUUUUUCCUUUGAUCAACCCUAGAAGGGUUCAUAGAAAAAGGCCUAUACUCUUCCUCCUAGUCCUCCCUCCCCCUCCUCAUCCUCGUUUCUAGCAACACUAGCUCAUGCAAAUCAUGAGACACUCAUGAGAUAAUCAAAACAUCUGAACUUCAUUUCACAAGCUUCAAAGUUGUAACUUCUUUUCAUAUUCAGACUUUUUGGCCUUUUUCAGUUCCCUCAUAUGUACUCUGCAUCCAUCCUUUAUUACUCUCCACUUUUUCAUUCAUUCUCUCAACUUUUCUUGUUUCUUGAUAAACUCCCUCCUGGGAUUUUUGAGUUUUGACUGAGAUCUCCUCUUCUCCAUUUAUUCCUUUGUCUCCUGUUCCCGAUCAUGUUUACAAGCUCAAACACCAUAAUGAGAACCCCUGCUUUCCCCGAUCUUUCUUUGCAGAUUAGCCCACCUUCAAUUUCGGAUUGUAGAACUAAGGAGGUGGGUAAAUCGUUUUACAGUGAUCGGAGUUCGACUACUGAUUCCGGUAGCAGUGGGAGUGAUUUGAGCCAAGAAAAUGGGUUAUUUAGCUCUGAGAGGAGUUAUGGGAAUCUCUGUCCGGCGGAACCCACGUUGAGGCUUGGGGUUGAAAUGGCAGAUUUAAGUCCUUUACAACUACAGAGAAACGUUAGUAAUCAGCAUCAUCAAUUCCAGCCUCAAAUCUAUGGCCGCGACUUCAAGAGAAAUGCAAGAGUCAUUAAUGGGGUAAAGAGAAGCGUUAGAGCUCCCAGAAUGAGAUGGACUACCACUCUUCAUGCUCAUUUUGUUCAUGCAGUCCAGCUCCUGGGCGGCCAUGAAAGAGCCACACCCAAAUCGGUCUUAGAGCUGAUGAAUGUCAAGGAUCUAACCCUAGCUCACGUGAAAAGUCACUUGCAGAUGUAUAGAACAGUGAAGAGCACUGACAAAGUAUCAGGUCAAGAGCACACAGAUUUGGGUCUGAACCAAAGGGCUGGAAUUGUUGAACUGGAUGGAGGACUAUCUAGUGGAAAAGCUGAUAUCAACCCUUCUAAUUCUCCCAAACCAUUAUCAGCGUCACCACACCAAAAUUCCCAAAGAGGCUCAUGGUUAUCUUCAUCAAGAGAGGCCAUGGAUAGGAGUAUAUCUAUGACAAUCAACCCUAAUCAUAGUAAGGUGGAGGGCCCUCUUAAUCUGUCCAGUAGCGCGAAGGAUUGUUUGGAUUCUAGCUCCUUGUCAUCUUCAGAUGCGUUCCUUAACCUAGAGUUCACCCUUGGAAGAUCAAGUUGGCAAAUGGACUAUCCUGAAUCAUCAAAAGAUUUAACACUUCUCAAGUGUUAAGACAUUAUUGUGCUAGUUAAUUAAUGAGUUAAUUAGACGUAUGCUUUUCUUUCUUUAAUCUGUGAAUUAGGGUAUAAAAAAAACCUAACUUGCACGAGUUAAUUCCUUGUUCCUUUUUUCUUCAAAUUUUGCAUGGAGUGGGAAGAAAGAAAAGAAUCUUGAUUGC